CGCACCCCGGUGGUGCUUCAGCGUUUUUGUCCGUCCAACACACACACACACAAAGUGUCAAGAGUUUAGUUCACAUAAUGGAUGAAUUUACACCUUGUAACCUCAACUAUCUGCCAGAAAACAUCCUACUUGACGUGCUGUCAUAUUUGAGCGUUCGUGAGCUGGUCCGAGCUGGAAGGGUGUGUAAGAGAUGGAGACGCCUUGUGAGGGAUCAAAGACUGUGGAGACUUGUGGACCUGACUGCGUGGAAAGGGAUGACAUCCCGUAUUCUUUGGGCCUUGCUCCGACAGUAUCUAGGUUGUGGCCUUCGGUGCUUACGCUUGCGUGGUUUGCUCCUCUCCGUCCGAGGAGGCACCUUCCUCUCAGAGGCUUGGCUCAAAGUUUUGUCCACCAAGUGUCCUCGCCUGAGUAGGCUCUACCUUCUGCAUGCCGACUUGAGAAGCCUCCCCAGUUGCCAACUCCUGCCUCCAUCCUUGAAAGUGUUGGAACUGCGAGGCUGUGAGCUGCCUCAGAGCUUCUUCAACCAGGACCUUCCCACUUCGUCUCAAGAGGAUGCUGAAGCCACCUCCAGUGCUAAACAGAAAGGAAGUCAUGGAUGUAGGCCUCCGUCAGGGAUUUCUAUUGAAUGUUUAAUCCUUAAUAAUGUCCCUUCUUUUAAAGACCAGCAUCUGCAGAGUCUGACGUCGUGGCAGAGGCUCAGCCGUUUGGAGUUGUGUGACACAUUUCGAGUAACCGCUAGCGGGCUCAGGACCUGUGCUGCAAAGGACGGGGCAUGCGGUGUGGAAGGGCUAUUUCGUCUUAAGUUUCUAGAAAUAAGCAUCACUACACGUCAGGGCUACCAGCUGCAAAUGGCUUCCCUAGGGUUAGGGGCAGGAUGGCUGGGACUCGAGGAGCUGAGCCUUGGCGGCAAGGAAGUCGGACCCGGGUUGCUCUGCGCCAGCCGCCUGAAGGACCUGAAGCGCCUCUAUCUAAAGGCCUGCACCCUCAGCGAAAUGCAGAUUGUACGGAGCUGUAGAAUGCUUCGCGGCCUUGCCGGGCUCCAUAGACUGGAGUUUUUAGAUGUGGUCUUCCAGCCGCGGAUGUGUCCCCCGGAGGGAGGAGGUGGCGGCGAUGAGGAGCAGGAAGGCGAGGAGGAACCCGCAGGUGGAGAUAAUGUCAACAAUGAGAGCAAACCAGAUGAACUGAUUCCGAAUCUGCGUCGCUCCCUGGCUAUCCUGCUGCCGUGCUGCACACUUGCUUUCAGCAAUUGUUCUGUUCAGAGCAAUGCAGAAUAAGCAAAUGCAUCAUUUUUAAAGAACAACUCCUUUGUUAUAGCAUUCAAACACCAUACCAAGUGUUUACACUCCAGUCGAAGCACAUGUUGAUUUGACCUUCCAGUAUUCAUGUGGAAAACAUAGGUGACCACAUAAAUAGAAACACUUAGGAAUUGGACCAAGUGCGGUUUCUUGACUGGACUUCUGCUGAUCCACAUGUUGAGGGAUCUUUCAAGACUGAGCUUUUUUGGCCUGAAGGAACAACUUGACAUAUUUUAAAUGUCUAUGAUUCUUUUAAAUUACUUCUGCUAAAUUACUUUAUUCUUCUAAAUCAUUUCUCUUUCUUUUAAGUAAUGCAAGAAAUGUUCAUAAUGAAUAAGAUCCUGUCUAUAAUAAAUAAUUUUUUAAUACAUACGGCUUCACAUCACAGUGCAGAAUUCACAAGUGUUAUGUCUGAUGUCCAUUUAAAUAAAAUGGUGGUGGUAUUUUGUGGAAAAAACUAGUAAAACAAUAAAUAAAUGAGACAUAAAAGACAAAAAGGUUUGGGA